AUGCCUAAAGACGUGAAAAGACCUGAGCUCGCCAAGCCCUUUGCUGCUCAGAACUUGCCAAUGGUGGCCAUGUUCAUGAGAAAUAAACCUUUGGCCUGGUCGUGUCUUUUGCUCGCUGUGCAGAGCUACCUGAAUGAGCCAUUAAUCAAAUCUCCCGACGACGAUGCCCAGCCAGCGAUUUUCAAGAUACUGUUUGCAGUUAUUGGUGUGCUGACCAGUUAUAUGGACCUAGUUUUCCCAAAUACCAAUCCGCAGGCUCGGCUCCAAAAACCCGCACCUACGGACGCUUAG